AUGGGUCGAUGGGGAUGGCCGUCUAUCUCAGGUCUGUUCGAAGGCGACCAGGACCUUGACGCCGUUCUCACCUUGACCAAGGAUCUAGAUCUCAAGCCUGAUUCCUGGGUGUACAGUUUGAGUUCGAUGAUUCAUCAAACGGAUAUGUUAGCACCCGCAGAAGCUCGUGCCCUCUACAGCACCGCCGAAUACGCCGAUUCGCUAGUCAACGUCACCAUCCCCAAGCUCGACACCGACAACCUCGGAGAGCGGCUUUUUGCCACCUGUCGCGCGAAGGAAAACGACACGGACGACUUCUUGCAACAAUCCAAGUACCAAACUAUCAUCCUGGGUGCUCUCAUGAUGCGCGCCGGUGCUCGCAUCAACGCAGCGGAUCUUGAACAUCUACGUGAUCUAGUGCCUCAGAUCAACUGCACCUCGCGCCGAACGCUUUUCGAUGACCAUGGAUUCAGAACUCCAGGAAAAGCUCAGUUUCUUGCGGCGUUGGAUCACUACGAGCCUGGUGUUGCGCGUAGCUUCCAGGAACCUAGCUGCUUCAAGUGUGGAAGGAUCGAGGCAGAUAUCGGCCACAAGCCUCUGCAAUGCAAGAAGUGCAAGGUUGCGACGUACUGCAGCAAGGAAUGCCAGCGCGAGCAGUGGCGCGAGCACCGAGUGAGCUGCGUUGUCCCCAGACUGCGCCUCAUGUUGAACGUCUGA